UGCCUCCUCCUCACGCUGUGGUUGGUGCUCAGUGGCUGUCCCGCUCUCCACAGGAUGAUGGAUUUUGAGAAUCUUUUCUCCAAACCUCCCAACCCGGCCCUCGGCAGAAACGUGGCCACGGACUCUGACGAAAGAAUCGAUGAUGAAAUAGAUGAUACAGAAGUUGAAGAAACACAAGAAGAGAAAAUAAAAUGGGAAGUAAAACUGGAGUGUGAGCAAAUUCCCAAAAAAUCUAGGCACUUGGGAAGCUCUACAGCAACAGCGAAGAAUUUGCUGCAUAGAAAAUCAAGAAGUAAGGACUAUGAUGUAUAUAGUGAUAAUGAUAUCUGCAGUCAGGAAUCGGAAGAUAAUUUUGCUAAAGAGCUUCAACAGUAUAUACAAGCUAAAGAAAUGGCAAAUGCUGCUCGAUCCUUACCAUUUCCUGAAGAAUCUGUGAAGAAAGAGGGAGUGAAGGAUCCCCAGAAAGCUGUUAAACAAAAAAAUAAAAACCUUAAAGCUGUUCGCAAAAAUGGUAAGCAGAAGAAAAUGAAGCGAAAAUGGCCUGGCACUGGAGAUAAAGGAUCACACGCCUCACUGAAGAACAGUGGCUCACAGGAACAGGAUGGUAACCCUAAAGAGAAGCAGCAGCGUGUGAGAAUGAGUCAGGCAUUCAUCAACCAACAUACAGUGGAACGCAAAGGAAAACAGAUUUGUAAAUAUUUUCUUGAAAGGAAAUGUAUUAAGGGAGACCAGUGUAAAUUUGAUCAUGAUGCAGAAAUAGAGAAGAAAAAGGAAAUGUGUAAGUUUUAUGUACAAGGAUAUUGUACCAGAGGCGAAAACUGUCUGUAUUUGCAUAAUAUCCUUUAUCACAAGAUAUAGUAACUUUACUUUUCAUAAAUAUUUACAUAAACAUUUUAAAUAUGUAAAAUUUUGAAUGAAACCAGUGUUUUAUCUAUGGCAAAAUUAUAUUAUCCAAGUCCAACUCAGUAUCAAAGUGAUUAAAUUGUACUCAGAAUUUUUUCCCAAGAAAGAAAAGAGGAAUUCUUUAGACAUUCUCUCAAAUGAAGAUCCUUUCUGCCCAACCUGGGUGGUAGUAUAGCAGGUUCAUGAGACCUAGUCAAGUCUCAGAAAGACUGUGUCAGAAUUUCUGCUAUGGCAUCCAGUAAUUGAAUCUAUAGUCAUGUAAGCUACUUCAUAAAAAGAGGCAGAAAUUGCAUAAUUUGGGAAUACUUGUUUUGUGUAUAUUCUGACUGUAUAGAGGUUAAUUGUCACUUAAUUUGAAGAAUAACCCUAACUCUUCAGUGCAAAUGGUACAGACAUGUUGUAAAAACAUGGAACAUAAACAUUUUAGGGUAGUAGCAUCUUUGGUCAUCACAAAAGUUAUUUUCCUUCAGUCAUUCAAUACAAGAAAUCUCAAAUUCUAACUUGAGAAUUUUUUUCUAGAAAACAAUAUUGAAGUUUUAUAAAUUGAUUCUAUUUUUUUUAAUGUUUUAUUUAUUUAUUUUUUUCCCCCAAAGCCCCAGUAGAUAGCUGUAUGUCAUAGAUGCAAAUCCUUCUAGUUGCUGUACGUGGGACGCGACCUCAGCAUGGCCUGAGAAGCGGUGCGUCGGUGCGCACCUGGGAUCGGAACCCGGGCUGCCAGCAGCGGAGCACGCACACUUAACCGCUCAGCCACGGGGCCGGCCCUAAAUUGAUUCUAUUUUAAACAAGCCUAAGAUGUGAAGGAUCCAGAUUUGUAAGACAUAUCAUUGUCAUUGACUUUAAUUCUGCCACCCCAAAAGAAUGCUUUAAAAAUAAUCACAUCCCAAAGUAUUUAAAAUACACAUCCCUUUCUUAUAUCAGUGAAACAUACGUGUAGUCUAUUAUAAGAAUGUACAUGAAGGAAAAAGUGUCUUGUGAUAGCCAAUAAACUUGAUGUAUAUAAUCAUCCUAAAAUUAGAUUUUUCGUGUUACCCAAUUAAUAAUUAUCAUAUUUUAAGUAGAGAAAUCAAUGUUUCUACUGGUAGGAAAGGCCUUUGUAUAGGAAAAAGGAAGUCAUUAAAUCAAUAACAAAUUAAUUUAGUUGGAUUAAAAUUGUUUUCUUCCUUAACGUUCGGGUUACAUGAAUAUCCCUGCAAGUUUUACCAUACAGGAGCAAAAUGUUAUCAGGGAGAAUACUGCAAGUUUUCACAUGCUCCACUGACUGCUGAAACACAGGAACUGUUGGCUAAAGUUUUAGAUACUGAGAAGAAGUCGUCAUGAAAAUAAAAUACAUAAAAAAGAUAACCAGUCUCCCAGCACCAUUCAAUUGAAAAGACUGCCCUUUCCCCACUGACCAGUAACGCCCCCUCUGGGAUAUAUCCAGUUUCCUUCAGAUGAAGCUUUGCAUGGAGGAAGACUGCUUAUGUCUGUGCCUGUUCAAGACUGUUCAAGACUGUGGAUUUGGAGUGGUUUAUAAGAGUUCUCAUUUAAAGUGCCCACCUGUGUCAUUGUGAUGAUGUGCAACUUCUUUAAUGAGUGUGCGCAGGGACAGAAUCUGGUAUAUAAGUGAAGGGUCUUCACCGAGAUAUGCCAGCCGCUGGAACCAGGAGAGGAGCAUAUAUGGCAGAGAUGCUGGCUGGUGGGUAAAUGUUUUGGUAGUAAAUUGCAGAAGUCACUUCUGAUUGAGUGAGUUUCUCAGUAAAAUAGGAAGCAAGAUUAGGCUGAGUGAGGAUGGAUGCAUAAGUGUAGGGGAUUUGAAGAGAGAAAACUGUUAGGUUUCUCUAGGGAUGUUGAAAUAAUAGAUAGACGAUGAAUAUACAGUUAGAUCUUUUCAUGUCAUUAAAUACAUUCACAACAUAUUUUUAAUAGUUGCUCACAAUUCUGUUUUAUGGCUUAAAUUAUCGUUCAGUGAUUUUUUUUUAACCAAUUUCCUGUCAUCGGACAUUUACUGUUAUAAAUAAAGUGGAACAAUGUCUCUUACUA